ACGAGUCGCGAUAAGCAGCAGAUCUCGGCUGUUAGCGGAGGGAAAACACGGGAGGUCCUCGGUAAACAGACGACGAUUAGCGACCGGGAACGGCACGUGAUGGAUUUAUUUCACUAUUUCGCCGCUGUCGGAGUGUCUCUAGGCUGACUGCCAAGCAAGUGAGUUCAACCGAGUUUAUUUUCCCCCACCUGUCCGGAGUAACAGUCAUAUCGAGCAGCUGAACUAGAUCCUCAUAAUUCAGUCUUUUCUCUGCCUCCUCCCCUUCCCGAUCCCUUUUCCCCAUUGGCUGUUGUCCCCAGACAGUGCACAAAAGUAUGGGGUAAAAGUGCUGAGGAGACACCAGGAGAACAAGAGCUGAAGAGGCCCACUCACCUGCACAGGUGUCGGCGGGUGCGGUAAUCUGUCAUGGGGCUGCUGCCAAAGAUGAGGCUUAAGGUUGUGGUGUCACUGACUAUGGUCAACCUCUUUAUCUUCAUCAUCAUCUCGCGGAACAUCAACCAAGACAAAAGUGGACAUCAAAAGAUUCGUAUCCCUUCCAAACCCUUCUGGGCCAAAGUGACUCCCAGCUCUGCCUACUGGAACCGCCAGCAGCAGAUUCUGGACGUUCACAGCAAUCAUAUCUUCAUGACGAACCGCAGCAGCGACAUCCCUGAGUGGCUCAAUGACACCAGUUUGACAUCCAACAUCUGUCAGCCUAACCUCAGGGUGACCACUCAGGUAAAAGAUUACAACUCCCUGCCGCCCCGCUUCAAGGACUUCCUGCUUUACAUGCGCUGCCGCUCCUACCCGAUCAUUAUGGACCAGCUGGAUAUCUGCAAGGAGCCACCGUUUCUGCUGCUGGCUGUCAAAUCACUGGUGCCUCACUUUGAUCGCCGCCAGGCCAUCCGCCAGUCUUGGGGAAAGGCAGGCGUAUUAGCCAAUCGGACAGUGGUUACCAUUUUCCUCCUUGGUAACGCCACACCUGGAGACCACCACCCAGAUCUGUCUGGUAUGCUGCAUUUUGAGAACGCCCGCCAUAAAGACAUCAUCCAGUGGGAUUUCCGUGAUUCGUUUUUCAAUUUGACUGUCAAAGAAGUUCUUUUCCUGGAGUGGAUCCAGGCACGUUGCUCCGGCGCCCAAUUCAUAUUCAAAGGCGACGACGACGUCUUCGUCAACACCUACCGCAUCAUGGACUUUCUCAAGGGGCUCUCGGGACCCAAAGCCAAGGACCUGUUUGUGGGUGAUGUGAUCACGAAUGCGGGGCCCCACCGAGACAAGAGGGUCAAAUACUUCAUACCAGAGAGCAUGUAUGUUGGAAUGUACCCACCGUACGCAGGAGGAGGCGGCUACCUUUAUUCAGGUGACAUCGCCACUCGCCUGCACAACGCAUCUCAACGCGUAGCGCUGUACCCAAUAGAUGACGUCUACACGGGUAUGUGUCUUCGUAAGUUGGGGCUGGCCCCCGAAAAGCACAAAGGCUUCAGGACUUUUAACAUAGAGGAGAAAUACAGGUCGAACCCCUGCGCUUACAAGAGCUUAAUGCUGGUUCACCCAAGGACCCCGCAGGAGAUGAUCCAGAUCUGGGCCUGGCUCAGUAGACCCAACCUGACCUGCCAGUGACUGCAGUCAGUCUGAAAACAUGUCAGGAUAGAUCACAAGGAAGGCCAAAGGGGCAAAUAUUUUAACUUGAACAGGGUGUAAACUUUAAAAGUUGGCAGCUUUAAGUUAAGAUAUUACUACGAUGGCCACACGGAUCCUCCGCCUGGUUGAGCGUUGUGGCCUGAAAAAAUUAGGGCGACGCGGCAGCGCUGAUUUUUCACAUUUUGUAUUUUGACUCUAUUCCACAGAGGAGUUAACUCUGCUUAACUUUCAAAGGAGCUUCACCCAAAGCGGAUAUCUUUGAGUUCAUAUAUUUAUAUCACAGCUAUUUAUAUGGCCUUUAUGUGCUUUAACACUGUCACCUCCACCACAAAGUGUCUCAAUGCUGUAUUAAAUAAAUGAGAGCUGGAAAGUGUCUGCCUGGCACCCAAGGGUCGGUUUGGUAAAGCUAUAACAUGCUGGUCAGGUUGUUGAAGUGAGUAAAAGCAAUUGAUUGCUUUCUGAACACUGAAAAACAGUGGUUCCUGCAUUCCCGGUGAACACUUCCUCGUAGUCGUAGCUGGAGGCUUAGAUUGUGCUGCUAUUUCCAACCACACUCCCAGAAGUAUUUACUCACGACUCUAAAGCUCAGAGUUUUGUUCACAUCAUUUCCUCAGUUUCCACCAGUGAGACUCUGCUCUCAGUCAGCCACAACAUUAAACCCACCUGCUGAAAUGUUUUUUUAAAGGCCGGGUCACGUUACCAAAGCCACCUUUGGGGUUUCUUAAAAGUGCAGUUGUCCUUAGCAGUUCCCUUAAUUGGUGUGGCUGAUCAACGUUGGAGCAUUUAAAAUGAGACCGGGAUGUCUAGCCUCGCUCUCCGCAGCUCAGCCGGUCGGGGCUCAGAGAAAUCCAAAUGCUGGUCUAAAUCAGCUUCAGGUUCAAAAAGGUUUAACAAAAGCCCAAAGUGCAUUUUCACAGGUGUGUCACUUCAACCUUUCAGUGUGACGUAUUCGCUAUGUGCCCGUGGAAAGCGUUGAAUGAGGAUAAAUGCUGCUUUACUGUGACCUGAGUGAGUCUAGAUUCUUUAAAACAGGCUGAACACGUACAUACACAAACUGUUACUUGAUUAAAGUGUCCGUGGGUUUUGCAAGAGACUCUUAAGGGACCUGUGUGUUGGUGAAAGCUUUAAAGUGUGUGUGAACUAGUGUUUUAUUUAAAAGUUAAUGCUUAGCUCAUUGCUGUUUAGCUUCAUUCACCUGACGAGACGUCCUGCACAUAUUUACCUUUCCCUCGUAUUACAUAAAAUUCCUUCUGAGCUGUAUUGUGUGCACGACACGGUGAGAUGCUUGACUCGCACACAGCAUGAGAUACUUAGGAAACUUAGUCUCAGAGACCAUAAUUAAAAGUCAGGAAUGUGUGUGUGUGUGCGUGUGUUUUUGUUUGUUUGUUUUUGGUUUUUGGGGUUUUUUUAAGGUCGGCAAAAGUAUUCACCCUCAGUCUGAAUCUUUGAGAUGAUUAAACUGAAUCUGAGUCUGGUGUGACUUUUGAGAACAGAAGGGUAAUGGUGUUACUUUGUCUCUGUUAGAGCUCCCCCUGCUGGUCAGGGUGGUGGCAAAAAAACUUUUUUUGGAAGAGCUUUGUAAACACUGGCGAUCCCACGACUCCCAAACUGCCGACCACCUCAUUUAUUUCAAGCAUCGGCUUAUUAAUUAUCUCUCUGUUAGUCUCUACAUCCUUCCUAUAUCCGUUAUGUGACAUUUGGAAAUUAUCCUACAGACAAUCACACCAGGUCUCUUGUUUUUUCUCUUUUCUUUUUGAACUUCAGCACGUUCAUGCAGGAUAAGACCAACACUAAAAAGAGAAGAUGAGAACCUGAAAGACGUGUAUUUCAAGCUUCUAGAUUAUUUAAUAUUUUUGUCACUUGUUGUGUGCAUAGCGCUGUCACUGCUGACAUACAUGCCGUUAAUUGUUGCACUCUCUCCUCGCUGUGUAGUUUCGCGGCUGCCUGAACUGUUUACAUCGCUUUCUAAUUGUUGCUUCAGCCUGAUGAUUGUCUACAGGAUGUGGGUGUUGAAUUUGUUGUUUUGCUUUGGUUUUGUUUGGAAGAGGUGCACAAUUUAUCCAAGUUUGAACAGUCAGUGUUUUUCUGGCCUGAAUGUCCUGGAUGUGUCCAAGCUGUGGAUGAUGAAGGAAAUUCAGCUGAAUGUAACGAGGCCCGUGGCUGUUCCUUCAUUGUGUGUUUUUUCUAUUUAAUCGGAGUGUAUGUAGAGUAUCUGUGUUCUUUUUAACCCACAGAAAGAUGUUUCUUUUGUGGAUUCUUCAACCUUUGGUUAAUGUGAGUUAAAGACGCUUUUCACUGCCUGCACAAGUCAAAGAUGAUUACCAAAUCUGUGCCUGAUGUUUGUAUGUACUGUAUGUCACGCAAACUUAAAUGUGAUCGCUUUAACAUUAUCUGAUUAUUUCAAUAAAGCUAUAUUUUAAUGGU